AUGAAGGUGACAGAAACUAAUUUUAAAAAUAAAGAAAGUUCUAUAAAGAAGCUAGAAACACAAAUUGGGCAGUUAGCUGAGCAACUAGCCAAUAGAGAUGAAGGAAGGUUUCCUGGUAGCACAAUAGUGAACUCAAAGGAGCAAUGCCAAGCCAUAACCAUUAGAAGUGGAGCAGUGGUUUCCAGCCCAAGAAAGAAAAAUGAAGUCACAAAUUUAAAUGAGGAAAAUGAGCUAAAACAAGAAGAUUUUGAAAGUGUAAAAUACACUAUGCUGAAGAGGGGAGAAGAAGAAAACUGCUGUAACAAGCAAGAAAAGAAGGGUAAGAAACAGAGAUUUGAGCAGGCUUGCAAACCUAUUAAUGAAGAGCAGUACAAGAGAUUACCUUUUCCAAAAAGAGUACAAGAUCCUAGACAAGAAAAACAGUUUGAAAGGUUCAUUGAUGUGUUCAAGAAGCUCCAAAUUAAUAUACCAUUUGUAGAGGCAUUAGAGCAAAUGCCUUCAUAUGCAAAGUUUAUGAAGGAGCUUUUGUCUAAAAAGAGGAAGCUGGACAAGGAAAAAUUGGUACCACUCACUGAAGAGUGCAGAAAAGCUCUUUGUGACUUGGGAGCUAGCAUAAAUUUAAUGCCUUUAGCCAUUAUGAAAAAGCUGGAAAUUAAAGAGGUAAAGCCAACAAGGAUAACACUUCAACUAGCAGACGAAUCUUAUACAUAUCCUUAUGGAGUAGUGGAAGACCUCUUAGUCAAGGUAGACAAGUUUAUAUUCCCUACAGAUUUUGUUAAACUUGAUAUGGAGGUAGAUGCGGAUAUCCCUCUCAUAUCAGGAAGGCCAUUCUUAGCCACAGGGAGAGCCUUGAUAGAUGUUUAG